AUGCCCAUACUCCAAAUCAUCCUCUCAUCAUCGUCGGGUGAUGAAGAUGAUGAUUGCAGCAGUGAUGAUGUCUUGAGUCACUCUCGGAAUCAAUAUAAAAUUAACAACAAACAAAAUAAUGGAAGAAAAGAAAGUAGAAUGUCCGGUAAUGGUAAUGAUGCAACAACAAAUAAAGGAACAAGGUCUAAGAUUAAAUUAAGAAAUUCCAAACAAAAGGAUUUGGAAGAGUUUUUCAAUAAGAAUGAUAGGAAUAAUGCUAGUCCUGUGGUUGAUGAAAUUUCUCAACCACUAUUUAUGAAAUCAGUGAAUUCUGUUGGUAAUGAUAAAAACUCACAUUUGGAAAGCCAACCUUCAUCUUCACAACUUCAUUUUGGAACGAAUGCAAACGGUAAUAGAUUUCUUAUUGAUUUUCAAAAGGAAAGAAUUGAUUCUGAUGAUGAACACGAACUGUCAUCAAUUCCUCUCGAUGAAGAUUAUGCAAAUAGCUCAAAUAGUACGAUAACGAUGAAAUUAUCGGACAGGAAAUACCUGACCAUUACUCGUGAAUGCAUUGAAAGUGGACAUUCUGAUUUUAUUGUGGAUACUGAUAGUGGAAUGAUUACUUUGAAUGCAUACUAUCUCAAGAAUCACAAAUGUCAACAACACGAUGAUCAAAUUAGACACAGAACAGAUGAUCAAAUCGAGAGAGACAUGAAAAGAGACUCAAAAAAAGACGCCUUAUUGAAGCCACCCAUCAAGAUUGGCUCUCGAGUUUAUGGACACCGAGAUGAUGUUUUCAAAACUUAUGAAUCGAGAUUGGAAUGCUCAAAGCGAGGUUCUCACACUCCAACACAACCAGGAAUUAGCGGCCAUUUCGGAGUCCCUGCAGAUUCGAUUGUAGCAAUGGCUAUGGGUGGAUAUGGUGACGAAGAUUAUGGAGAUGUUUUCAUUUAUACAGGACAAGGAGGAACAGAUUAUGAGGAUCAAACGCUCAACAAAUAUAACAUUAGUUUAGUUGAAAGUUUGAAAAGAAAGGUUCCUGUGCGCCGUAUUCGUAGCUAUCAAUUAGAUUCUGCCUAUGCUCCAGCAAAAGGUUAUCGAUAUGAUGGAUUAUAUUGGGUGACUGAUUAUUGGAGAGAACCUCAACGACUGAAAAGUGGAUAUUUCGGAGCUCUAGUUUACCGAUAUCGAAUGAUUCGAUUGGAUGGCCAGCCACCAAUGAGUAAGGUCAAAUGUCCUCACUUCACACCUAAAAAUCACUACAGACCAUCUCGUGGGGAAUAUAUUCUUACACAAGAAUAUAUUAAAACUGGACGAAGGAAUUGGGAUAGAGAUUUAGCACGAUUUAUUUAUGCAGGUAUUACAUCUGGUGCAUGGGGGAAUGCAUUCACCAUGACAAAAGUAUUAGCCUUCAAUAUUGACCUUCUUUUAGCUGUUGAAGGUUGUAAUGGACUACCAUAUCCUGCUCUCAAAGAUAUGAACAACCCUAUAACAAAUACUUCUCAUCAACAAUCAGAAGAUGAAACUCUAGUUCAUUCUCCUCAAUGGAGAGCUCAUGUCAACUUUUCUCCUCUCCCAAUAAUCCCUCACAAAGUCGGUGAGAAAGAAAUUGAUGAUACCUUGGGCCUGGAGAAAGUGUAUAAUAUUGUAGGAGUCCCCAUAUCCACACAGCAUUAUCAGUCAAAUUUGGAGUUUGUGUUUACAAAGGAGACAAAAAAAUAUGACAUUGAAAAACAACCAACGCUCACGUACAUGUGUAAAAAACAAAAACGCCCCACACAACAACAUUUAGCGUACGCAUUGAAUGAGAACGGAUUAAUAUCCACGAGUAGUUUUUACACCUGCAUGAGCCAAGCAUCUGUUGCCAAUUAUUUAUCAAUGCCUCAAAGUAUGAAAUAUGAUUUGGAAGAUGUUGAACAAUAUUUGCUUGAUGAACGACAAUUCUACAAGAAUAGUAUCAAAAAAAGCAAUCAGGAAAACCUAAAACAACUACAUUCUCGAAAAAUGAAUAAUUUUUCCAGACUAAGAACAGCCCUAAAUAACUUGUAA